UAUUCUAAAAUGACUUUAUCAAAAACGAAUACAUUUCUUUUUUAAGGUGAUAAUUAAGCCAGACUUGUUUAAUGACAUCCCAUUCACUUUCCUGGACAAAGGAAUGCAUUUGCCUUACUUUUUCCAUAACCAGAAGAAGGUUAUUUUUGGUCAAAGUGAAAACCAUAAAUGGUGGAUAGCUAUCAUUAUCCCGGUAAUAGUGGUCCAGGUGUGAAGUACCUCCGCAGGGAAAAGCAAACAGGAACAAACAAAAACCUUUCCAGCAUCCAGAACCUCCAAAUAAGAAGAAAAGAUAGCCAAGCAGAAGUUUUAAAAUGCUGCCUAAACCAUACCUAAAAAAGGAAAAUGCAUGACACUACAAGAGAAAAGCUAAUGAAGCAGAAAAAUACUUCCCACUAUACAACUCCCUAGAGGACUAUGACAGGUAUCAGAGGUGUGUGAAAUGUUUGACAGCCAUGGGAAGCACUGGUUUGGGUUUAACUAAAGGAAAGGAUAGUUGGAGAGUGCCAACAUUUUCUACUGACAAAAGAAAACCAAGCCAGUUUUCUAUUCUGUUAAGUUCCAUGCUCAGUUGACCAACUCUGUUUUCAUCUUUUCUGAGACCCACGAAAAUAGAGUAAAAAGAGAAAAUAUCCAAAUAUAGAAGCUGAAUUUAACAAGAUUAGAAAAACCUAAACUAUGUUAUGUUCUGGUAGACUUGCAAUCAAAUAAUUACAGUCAUUUGGUCAAUGUCUGAUUAGUUCAAUGAGAGAAGAUGUUUGGCUAUACGACCAGAUACCAAAAAACAAAACAAAACAAAACAAAACUAUUUUUUUAAAGGAUCACUCUCUCUACGUAAUAAUCAAUCGUGUUAUGACAAUUUUGUAAUACUGGGAUGGGUCAUCCAAGCAACUAAGGAAAUGGUAAUGCUUUGCUCACUUUAAAGAAAAAAAAAAAUCAGCAUUUCCAAAGUUGGCAUAGUCACACAAAGUCAAAACAAGCCUCAGAGGCAAAGGAAAGGGGCCGAAACCCUGAGAACCAUAAAAUGACGAAUGAGAAAACUCCUCCCCACGGAAGAUAUUCAGGUAUAUAAAAGGCAUGUGAUGGAACACUUAAGACCUAAAACAUCACUGUCAAUCUUGAGUCUGGAUGUUUAGCUUAGGAAGAAAAAAAAAAAAAAAUGAACACUAAGCCUGAUGUGAUUCAAAAGUGUUUGUGGCCUGCAUGCCUUGUAGGUCUGUUCAUCCCUGGCGCCCUCUCUCUGCACUGUAACUUGCUGCAUCUUCACCUGAGGGAAGUCACCUGGCAAAAUCUGAGACUUCUGAACAGCAUGAGCAAUUCAUUUCCUGUAGAGUGCCUAAGAGAAACCAGAGCUUUUGAGUUGCCCCAAGACAUCCAAUCACACACCCCACCUGGGAAAAGGUACCUCAAGGAGGCCUUCUAUGAAAUGUCCACACAGGCCUUCAACAUCUUCAGAGAGUCCACCACCAAAUCCACUUGGAAAAAGAAAAACCUGAAACAAAUCCAAAUCAGACUUGAUUGGCAGAUGCACCACUUGGAAAAAUGCUUCGAGGAAGAGGAGAAAGGGAAGGAAGACUCGAAACAGAUGGAAGAGGAUGGGAUGGACUUCUCAGGAGCUAUGGUCUCCCAGGUGAGCAGCCUAGAACUGAGGAGAUAUUUCUAUAGGAUGUACAACUUCCUGAAAGAUAAGAAAUACAGUCCCUGUGCCUGGGAGAUCAUCCGAGUGGAACUCAGAAGAUGUUUCUACUACUUCUAUAAAUUAACACUACUACUCAGGAAGAAAUAAGGUAUAUUCUUAGAAUUAAAAUUCCAUUUCUCUCCAACAGCUCCUUCUCUUUCAUCUUCUUUUUAAGAAUUUUUGGGCUAUUCUCCAUUGGAGUGGCGGUGAUUUAUGCAAGGUUUAGAGUCUCUAAAGUUGGCCUUGAGACAUCAGCUACCUUUCCAAGAGAGGUGAUGCCAACCAUCCCCUGGGUACCCUGAAUCUUGUUAGAAAGUUCCGAAGUCAGUUCUAAAGGAAUGAGAUUCUCUUCAUGUUUUUCUACUGUUUUCUUCCCCAUUCCUUGUGCCAUUUUGUACUCACUUUGCUCUACUACCUUUGAACUUCACCCAGCCAAUGGCUAGAGGAUGUAGCCCAGAGAAUGUUGCAGAAUGUAACACCUCAAUGACUUAAUCCUCCUGCUGCCAAGGCUGUUUAUUGUAUGAAAAUUUAGCUUGUUAAAGGAGCUUACUCAAGCUAUUAUAAAGUUAAAACCCUCUGUGUCUCCCCCUGUCCUCAAAAAAAAAAUGAAAAAAAAAAAAGUUGAAAUUCCUGGCCUAUUUGCUUCUCAGUUUGGUUUGUUUGAAAUGAUACAAAGACUUUAUUAUUUUAAGAGAAUAAAGACCCCCAAUGAUAUUAGAUGGUUGAACUGGAUGGCCAUUAAGCUCUCUCAUUCAACCUUUGAGAGCCAAUGAUUGACUCUUGCUGCGUAUUACUUGAUUUGGAAGGCACGGAAAAUGCUGCAAAAAAGUACAGUAUCUGCCUUUCAUUGUUUUUCUGUUUUUUAAUGCCUGAGAUAAAUUACCUACAGUCAUACUUCGCAUUGAUUUUCACAUUGAAUUUUCCCAAUUAGAACACCACUUUCUGCCUGUUAAGUAAACUAGUUAUAAUAACACAUGACACUUUACUAUAGUUUAUUUUUUUAGAAGUUAAUUUGUAUCCAGAUUACUUAGAUUAUUUACCCAAAUUUUCUUGUGCGAUCCUUCAUCUAUAUUAA